AUGCCGGGGGGGGCGGGGCUUGAGGGGCGGGGCCAGGGGCGCGGCCUGUGUGAGGGGCGGAAAGAGAGUGGCUGGCGCUCUGGGGGUGGGCGGGGCGUGGGCGUGGCCUCCCGUCGCGCGCUGCAGGACCUCUUGGCCAUCUUCAGCCGCCUGCGUGUGGCGCUUAGCAACCAACCAGCGACUGCGCUCGCCCGCGCCCGUGCUCCGUUAGACGGACGGCCGGGACGCUCGCUGCUCUCGCCGGGUUGGGUGAACUCGAGCCGUGUGAGCUGUGUGCUUGGCGUCCGCCGCCGCGGGGUGAUUCGGCGGCGUUUGGUGGCGACUCCCCGGAAAAAGCUAACAGCACCUCUCUUUCCUGGCGCGAGCCGGUCGCUGUCACCCGAGCUUCCCCACAGGGCUGUCCGAGUGUCCUUAACACAUGGUUAUUUAGUAGUGACUCGCCGAAGAGAGAAGGCCAAAAAUCACAACUGGGCAAGCAUAACCUACGGGAUGUUUCUUUUCAUCAAUUGCUCAGGGUCACUUUGUGUUCACUGGAGUUUUAUCUGGUGUGUUGAUGGCCGCAUGGAGAUGAGAGACAGUUCCUUUGGUAGCAGGGAUGACAGUGCUGGUUCCUACUGGAAUAAGGAAAGCAGUCGAGACACCUAGACCACUGUUAAAAGCACAGGCUCUUCAGACAUCUGUGAGCUGCAGAACCAGGAAGCCAGCACUACAGGCUGGAGUGCCUUCUGUACCCUCUUUUCCAGCACUCACUUCACACCCAGAGUGGCUGACAGGUGGUCAUCAAUGUGCAGAAGGCAGGUGGAGCCAGGACAUAAUUGGGCCAGCCUUGCAGGUCUGUUGCUAUCUGGGCUACAGUCAGGCAGGGCCUCCGGAAGCCAUCAGCUGCUUUGAUGCUCUGUUCCAGCUCUCGGUAAAUGGUUUUGUAGCUAAAUCACAGAUAGAAAGACAGCUCUGUAAAAGGCAGGGCCCAGGCACCAUUCCUCACAGCCACAGCAGGCAGGCCCUGUAGCCUGCAUGAGAGUCUCUGCAGCCUGCAGUUUCCCAGACACAGGUCAGGGACGCCAUUCCCUGGUGUCACAGGUACAGAUGCAGACACCAUCCUCUAGAACCUGGGACCCACCCAGAUAAGCUUCGUAUCAAACCAGGCGGCACAUCGAGACUUGCCCUGCUGCCAAAUCCUGGGUGCUCUGGGUGCAGCUGUGCACACCCACCCCCCCCCCGGGUCAGGUCAUGUUGAGGAGAAGCCGUUAGAGGAGAGUGUCAGAGUGCCGCCGCCGCCGCCGCCACUGCCGCCACUGCCACCUCCUCCAUUUCUCUCGGGAGAGCUGGAGGUUUCCCUCCCCACGGGAAAGGUAGAAUAGGAGGAAGACAGAACCACGAGCCCCAGUCCGGCCUCCUGCGACCAAGGACACGGGUCUAGGCUGGACCUGAUAGAUCAGUUAUCAUCCACAUAGGCAAUUCUUCUCUCUUUCUGAGCCUCAGUUUCCUUCUCUGCUGAGUGGGCAUAAUACCUAUUCUAUCUAAGGAUUGACUUGUGUUCUCCAAAUACAAGAGCUGAAGUCCUAACCUCAGGAUGUGACCUUUUCUGAAAACAGGGUCUUUUGGAGGUGGACAACUUAAAACAGGUUCAGUAAAAUGGCCCCGGUGUGGCAGGGCUGCUGUCCUUAGAAA